GCGCACGCGCAGUGCUCCCGUCGCGCCGGGUCUGUCCGCAAUGGCGGACGCCAGUGGAGAAGUGGCCGCGGUCCCCGCCUCCGGGCCGGCCAACGGCCUCAGUAAUGGAGCGGGCGCGACCCCUGCGCAGCCCAACAACCCGCUGUCACGGAAGCUGCACAAGAUCCUGGAGACGCGGCUGGACAAUGACAAGGAGAUGUUGGAAGCUCUCAAGGCACUUUCAACAUUUUUUGUUGAAAAUAGUUUGCGGACUCGAAGAAAUUUACGUGGCGAUAUUGAGCGUAGAAGCUUGGCCAUCAAUGAGGAAUUUGUGAGCAUUUUCAAGGAGGUGAAGGAGGAACUUGAAAGCAUUAAUGAAGAUGUCCAGGCAAUGAGCAGCUGCUGUCAGGACAUGACAAGCCGAUUACAGGCAGCAAAAGAACAGACUCAAGAUUUAAUAGUAAAAACCACUAAGCUUCAAUCAGAAAGCCAAAGAUUAGAAAUUAGAGCACAAGUAGCAGAUGCCUUUUUAUCCAAGUUCCAGCUGACUUCUGAUGAGAUGGCUCUUCUCCGAGGCACAAGAGGAGGCCCUGUCACUGAGGACUUUUUCAAGGCAUUAGGAAGAGUGAAACAGAUUCAUAAUGAUGUCAAAGUUCUGUUGCGAACCAACCAGCAGACAGCAGGUUUGGAAAUUAUGGAACAGAUGGCCUUGCUUCAAGAAACGGCUUAUGAACGACUUUACCGAUGGGCUCAAAGUGAAUGCAGAGCAUUGACACAAGAGUCCUGUGAUGUGUCUACAGUGUUAACUCAGGCCAUGGAAGCCCUGCAGGACAGGCCUGUCUUAUACAAGUAUACCUUAGAUGAAUUUGGAACGGCCAGGCGCAGUACUGUUGUUCGAGGGUUUAUUGAUGCUCUCACAAGAGGAGGGCCAGGAGGUACACCGUGACCCAUUGAAAUGCACUCCCACGACCCUUUGAGGUAUGUGGGAGAUAUGCUGGCAUGGCUCCAUCAAGCUACUGCCUCUGAGAAGGAACAUCUGGAAGCUCUCUUAAAGCAUGUAACUGCACAGGGUGUUGAAGAAAAUAUUCAAGAAGUUGUUGGACAUAUCACUGAGGGUGUGUGUCGGCCUCUAAAGGUUCGAAUUGAACAAGUAAUACUUGCUGAACCUGGGGCAGUUUUAUUGUAUAAAAUCUCUAACCUUCUCAAGUUUUACCACCAUACAGUCAGGUAACUGAAGAGUAAAUUGGCAGCUACUCUACUGACGACAAUUGAAGAAAUGCACUUGCUAAGCAAAAAAAUAUUCUUCAACAGUUUGAGUCUCCAUGCGAGUAAACUGAUGGACAAGGUUGAGCUCCCACCACCUGACCUUGGACCCAGUUCUGCCCUGAAUCAGACACUCACUCUGCUGCGGGAGGUUCUGGCCUCACACGAUUCUUCAGUUGUGCCCUUGGACGCUCGGCAGGCUGACUUCGUGCAGGUUUUGUCAUGUGUCUUGGAUCCUCUCCUCCAAAUGUGUACGGUUUCAGCCAGCAAUUGAGGCACGGCUGACAUGGCCACGUUCAUGGUCAACUCACUGUACAUGAUGAAGACAACACUGGCUCUGUUUGAAUUCACGGACAGGCGCCUGGAAAUGCUUCAGUUUCAGAUUGAAGCCCAUUUGGACACUCUUAUAAAUGAGCAAGCCUCUUACGUUUUGACUCGUGUUGGCUUGAGCUACAUUUACAAUACUGUACAGCAGCAUAAACCUGAACAGGGCUCUUUAGCCAGUUUGCCCAGCCUGGACUCUGUGGCACUGAAGGCAGCAAUGGCUCAGUUUGACCGCUACCUCUCAGCCCCAGACCACCUGCUGAUGCCGCAGCUGAACUUCCUACUCAGCGCCACAGUGAAGGAGCAGAUUGUAAAGCAGUCUACUGAGCUGGUCUGCAGAGCCUAUGAGGAAGUUCAUGCAGCUGUGAUGAAUCCAGUCAACGCAUACAAAGAUCCAGAGAGCAUCCUACACAGGACACCUGAGCAAGUGAAGACACUGCUCUCCUGAUGAUCUUGAUGGCAUUUGCAGAUUAUUGGUGCCUGGAAACAAAGGGUGGUUUGGGUUUUUAAUCUGAGUCUUUAUUUUGAAGUUUGAGGAUUAGAGUUUUCCUUGUAUGAGAUCGUAGGUCAAUUUCUUUCAUUCUCAGCUAAUAUGGAGAUAAAUCAAUAUUGACUUGAGUCUGUACUGCUGUGUCUCUUCUCUUGGUAGCAAUGUUCUCUUGUUCAUUAGCUGCCUGUGCAUAGCAGCUUAAAGGUCCCACUGAUUUGGGAUUAUAAAUGGAGGCAAAAAGUCAAAUGGAAGAUUUCAGGAUUAAGUACAACGAGGUCUAAGUUAGUACCAUGUGACAUCUAAACUGCAGUUGUUGGUAAUCAAUGUCCCUUUGUGGACGACUUCACUGCUUUCCUUGUGAUGAAUAGCUUCUCGAACCUAGCCCAUGUCUCUGUCCCCCAGAUAAGUGUCAAAGGGUUUGUUAGAAGAAAGCAAAGUUGAGGCUGUCGUCUCCUUUCUGCUUAUUUUCGUACCUGCAGCCUCGUUCCUUGCAGACAUUUGUGUGUGUGUUUAAAUAUACACUCAGCUGAAAGGUUGGAGAAGAGGGGGAGAGACCCUUCAGUCGGCUUCCUAUGCAGGCAGCCUCAGCCUGCCCGUGGAAAGCCUUGUGUUUCAGGGUGGGUAUUCACCACAUAGUAUGCACCUAAUCUAGCCACCCCCAAACUGUUUUGUGUUCACACUAAUAAGGAUUGUUCAGAGCAAAAGUAACUACAUGUUAUCGAUUGUGAUGUCAAUCUGUCUUGUUGGUUUUUUCAAUGAAUAUAUGUGGCAUAUUUUUAUCAGAACAGCAUAAUACAAGGCAGGUACUUACUUACGUUGUGCAUAAUUUAUUUCUACUGUGAAAAAAAGAUUGACGCACUUAGCAUUUUGUUUGCUAAGAGAAAAUAUAUUUUUUCUUGUUAUCUGGUUUUCUUAAUAUGUAUUAAACUAUUUCUGGAGCAACAA